UCGCUUCCGCUUGCUGUUGGAGUUGGAGAAAGGGAGAAAAAGAGACGGAGGGGAGAGGAAGAAGAACCCUAAUUCGCCACCCCGACGCAGGGGAUUUAGAGCUGCAGAUCGAGUGAGGAAAUGGCGGAGGGGAUGAAGCAGAUGCUAGCGAAGCCGAUCCAGCUGGCGGACCAGUUGAGCAAAUGGGCCGGCGAUGCUCCGGCCAACAAGCAGGAUUUCUUGGAGCUCAAGGGGCGGGCGGAUAAACUCGCCGCUCUCCUCCGCCAGGCCGCCCGUACUGAGCUCUACGAGCGGCCAGCGCGCCGCAUCAUGGACGACACCGAGCAGGUUCUGAGCAAGGCUCUUGCUCUGGUCGCCAAGUCACGCAAACAAGGCCUCGUCCACCGCCUCUUCGCCAUCACUCCAUCCGCCGCCUUCUCCAAGAUCGCCACGCAGAUUGACAACUCGAUCUCCGACGUCUCCUGGCUGAUCCGCGUCUCCGCCCCUCCUGCCGACGACGAUGACGGCGGCGGCAUGUUCUAUGGCCUCUGCCCCAUCGCGCAGAACGAACCCAUCCUCACCCUCAUCUGGAGCAACAUCGCCACGCUUCACACGGGCCACAUGGAUGCUCGCUCCGAGGCCGCUGCCUCCCUGGCCUCCCUCGCCCGGGACAACCACCACUUCGCCAAGCGCAUCAUCGAGGAGGAGGGGAUCCCGCCGCUGCUCCGACUCCUCAAGGAGGGCAAGACGGAGGAGGGGCAGGAGAACGCCGCGUGUGCCCUCGGCCUCCUCGGCCGCGAUCCCGAGAGCGUUGACCGCCUUGUCGCUGCUGGUGCCUCCUUAGCCUUCGCCAAGGUCCUCAAGGACGGGCCGAUGAAGGUCCAGGCUGUCGUCGCUUGGGCCGUCGCCGAACUCACCGCCAACAGCGAUUCCAAGUGCCAGGACGUUUUCGCCCAGAACAACAUCGUUCGCCUCCUCGUCGGCCAUCUCGCCUUCGAGACCGUCGAAGAGCACAGUAAGUACUCCGUGCCUUCCAAGACCCUGUCCAUCCAUUCCUUCGUGCUCGCCAACAAGCUCGCUGCUACCUCCCCUUCCACCCUCGUCGACGGCCCGGAGAUGGCUCCUCUCCGGCAUCCCGAAAGAGGCCAAUCGAAGACCAAUCAAUUCCACACAGUCGUUCAAUCUACCGUUGCCUCCGCCAAGAUCGGCAAAGAUGCCCAUAGCCAGAGCAGCAGCAACGCGUCGUUGCCCUGGAAACCACAGCAGCAUUCUCGAGCCAGGGAAAUGGAGGAUCCAAGUACCAAGGCUUACCUGAAGACCAUGGCUGCCAAGGCCCUGUGGCAACUGACCAAGGGCAACGCCGACAUCUGCAAGAGCAUCACUGAAUCCCGAGCCCUCCUCUGCUUCGCCGUGCUCCUCGAGAAAAGCACAGGAGAUGUUCGAUACUAUUCCGCUAUGGCGCUAAUGGAAAUAGCCCGCGUAGCCGAGCACAAUGCUGAUCUCCGACGAUCCGCGUUCAAGCCGAAUUCGCCGGCGUCCAAGGCCGUCAUCGAGCAGUUCCUCCAAAUCGUGGACAAGGGGGAGUUCACCGACCUACUCAUUCCUAGUGUCACAGCUCUCGGCUGCUUGUCCCGGACAUUCCGAGCAACGGAGACGAGGAUCAUAGGUCCGUUGGUUCGCCUGCUGGACGACAAGGCGACGGUGGUGAUGAGAGAAGCGGUGGUGGCACUGACCAAGUUCGCGUGCACCGGGAAUUAUCUACAUGUCAGCCAUUCCCAGGCCAUAAUUGACUCCGGCGGAGCAAGGCACCUUGUCCAGCUAGUCUACCUCGGCGAGCAGGUGCAGCUUGAAGCUCUGAUUCUUCUUUGUUACAUCGCCAAACAUGUGCCCGACAGCCAGGAGCUGGCGGACGCUGAGGUUCUCAACACGCUCUCCUGGGCUUACAAACAAUCGCACUUGGUUCAGGAUGAGAGGGUGGACGAGCUGCUGCCCGAGGCCAAGUCUAGGCUGGAGCUCUAUCAAGCAAGGAAGCUGUGAGUAUGGCCUUUGUUCUUGUUUCUGAUCACCGUGUGACUUUGCUCCCGCGGAUUUGAUUUGAAAUGCAGAAAGAGAAUUGCAACGCAAGACAUAAAAUAGAAUAGACCCAAUAGAAUUCGAGCUUAUUCAUACAUUGGGCUAUCCUUUCUGAUCAAAAUGUGUGUGUAUAUUAGAUUCCUUUCUCUUUUUCUCUAUUGUAUUGAUACAAAUUUUAGAGCCGGAGUUUGUAGUGGACCAGAUGUUAUGUGAUUUGGUAUUUAAUCCUUUGUUUAGUGUUGAUAUUAAUAAAUGGAAAUAAUGUGUUCCUUGUUA